ACCACGUAAGCCGGUCUUGCCUCGGGUAUUCUAACAAUACAUUAUACAAUACACGCCAACCUGUUGAUAAAUGCUGUCAACAUUCUAUUGAAAUUUGAGAGCAAAUCAUGCCUGAAACUCUUUGUUGUGUGCCCCAAUGCAACAAAAGGGGUGGGCAUUCAUUUCCUUCUGACAAAGAUCUCCGGAAGAAGUGGAUAAUAGCUAUACGUCGAGAUAAAUGGAUCCCGGGAAAAUCGAGUGUUGUAUGCAGAGCGCACUUUGUGGUCGACGACUACAUUUCAAGAACUUACGAAUGGUCUUCUCCAUUAAUAAAGCGGUUAAAAAAGGGUGCUGUGCCAUCAGUGUUUCCCUGGUUAUCCACUCCAUCCCCUACUGUUCUUGAAAGGAGAGAACGGGCUGCGAAAAGAUUGUGUACCAAGCAACUAUUGUUUGGUCAAAACCUGCAGUCUGAUAUGAUUUCUGGAGACAACAUUGAAAUCGGCAGAGAAGUCACUAUAGACCAGGACUCCAGUGAAAGUGCAGACAGCAGUACAGUAGUUUUGGAGAUGGAAGGUACAAACUCGGUGUCAACCCAGACUGCAUCUAACCCAUUCUCUAUUGAACACUUCAUAGCUGAUGAUGCAGAUGUUCACUUCUACACUGUAUUAUUAUAAUAAAAAAGUGCAGUGUUUAAGUGUCCCGGAUCAGUUUUUUCUUACACUGAUUAAACUGAGACAACAUAAGAUCAAAUUUGAACUGAGUAGAAUGUUUUGUGUCUCAGAAUCUACUGUCACAAAUAUUUUUGUAACUUGGGUGAACUUUAUGAAUGUUCAGUGGCGUGAAAUAGAUUUGUUUCCAUCCAGAGACUUAGUGAAGUAUUUUGCACCAUCUGAUUUCAAACAAAAGUUCCCUACUACUCGUAUAUUCAUUGACGGUGUUGAAUGUCCUGUUAAGAAACCUAGUGCACCCCGUGCUCAGCAGAGCACAUUCUCAACUUACAAAAACAGGAAUACUGUCAAGAACUUGGUUGGAUGCACGCCUGGUGCACUAGUAUCCUACAUCUCCCCUAGGUAUGGUGGCUCUGUCAGUGACCGGCAAAUCAUCGAAAGAAGCCACAUACAAAUAUCUUGUGACCCAGGCGAUUCCAUAAUGGCUGACAAGGGACACAUCGAGAGAAUUAUAGGAUUAGGAAAAACAUACAAAAUUUUAACUCAACCCAUGACCGGUCCUGAAACAAACUUGAGUAGUGAAAUCAUCUUUAUUUGUUACAUGCUAUGUAAUUUCAGGAGUUCCAUUGUAUCUAAAAUGGCAUAGUACAAGAUGUAAAAGGACCUGUCAAUGGAUGAUUGCUAGCAAGCCCUAUAUAGAACUGUGUAGUGAUAAGAGAAUGCAUAUUUUAAAAAUCAUCAAAUUUGUAUAUUUUAUUCAGCAAAAAAAUGUAUGUUGUCAUUUAUAUAA